UUUCCUUGCACACACGAAUUUUGUCGAAAUGUAUGGGAUGUUGUUAGAAAGUGUACAAUAUUUUGUGCAGUUGGAAUAUGGUGAGGAAAUUUGGAAUGAAGUUCUACGAAAGGCGAAUUGUAAAUAUACGGAGUUUAACACUCAUCAGGUUUAUCCUGACGAAACUAUGGCUAGUUUAGCUGCUGCUUGCGCAGAUGUAACACAAACUUCUUAUGAUAGCUUCAUGAACUUUUUUGGAAGAUGUUUUGUUCGCUAUUUUUCAAAAUUAGGGUAUGACGUGACAGUGAAGUCUACUGGAAGAUACUUCACAGAUUUCUUAGAGAGCGUUGAUAACAUUCAUUCCCAAUUUUGCUUCACUUAUCCAAAAAUGAAGAGCCCCUCCAUUUAUUUGACUGACAUAGAUGCCAAGGGGUGUGUUUUGGUUUACAGAAGUGGCAGACAUGGUUUCACGCAAUACGUGAUGGGUCAAUUGCAACAAAUAUCCAAAGAUUUUUAUGAUCUACAUUUGGAUGUCAAAGUGCUGGAAAAAGCGAGUUCUGCGAGUGGAUCUAAAAAGAAUUUAAUCGUUACAUACAGAUUGGAUUUUGAUAACCGAAAUUACAUGUUACAUAAAACACAGAGGCAAUCUCGUAGGGGCGAUGGUUUGCUAUCACCCGUUCCUUGUUCAUUGCUCUUGGACCUUUUUCCUUUUGGAAUUAUAUUCGAUACAGAAAUGAAGAUCAUUGGAGGUGGCAAGAAACUCGUGGAGGUUUGGAGAAGUGCCAGUAGCUUCUUGAACCAACCAGUAACGAAAUUUUUCAAGUUGAGAAGGCCUAAGGGCAUUCUACUCACUUGGAAAAAUAUUCGAAAUUUGAAGGCGGUAAUGUUCGAGUUAGAGUGCAACGUUGGAGCUGGUGAUUUCUUAUACGACGAUCAUGUAGAAAAAGAAGAUGUGUCAAUUGAUCAGAAAGAAGUCCCAUCCACUGAAUCGGUUGAAGCUAGUAAACGUAAUAUACUUCUGAAAGGACAGAUGAAAUAUUUGGAUGAUAUAAAUGCCCUUGUCUUUUUAUGUAGUCCCAUAAUAAACGAUCUUGAUGAACUACCAGAGCAGGGACUAUAUCUGAACGAUUUGAAUCCACAUGGACUCAGCAGAGAAAUGGUUCUAGCUGGAUGGCAACACAACUCAAAACUAGAAAUAAUGUUUGACAAGGCUGAGCAUCGCUCGGAAGAUUUGGAGAAGAAUUACGAACUGCUGGAGCAGUGGAAGGAGAAAGGUGAUGACCUUUUAUAUUCGAUGAUUCCGAAAACUGUCGCCGAUAGAUUAAGAUCAGGCAUAUCUGCAUUAGAUACCUGCGAAAGUUUUGAAGCUGUAUCAAUACUUUUUUGCGAGAUCGUUGGUCUUUCUUCGGAAACCGUCAAAGAUGCCAUGGAUGUCGUUGCUACCAUGAACUCCGUUUUCACUUGUUUCGACUCUCUAAUGGACACUUUUCAUGUAUACAAGGUAGAAACUGUUGGACCAAUUUAUAUGGCUGCAAGUGGAGCGCCAGAAAGAACGCCCCAUCAUGCAGAAAACGUGGCUGACGUUGCUCUGAAUAUGGUACAGAAGAUGAGGAACUUCAAGGCACCAUCAGGAAAUAAUGUUGAGAUAAGAAUAGGAAUUCACACCGGAUCAGCAGUUGCUGGUAUUGUAGGAAUAAAGGUUCCGAGAUACUGCUUUUUUGGCGACACAGUAAACACAGCUUCAAGAAUGCAAUCUACUAGUGCGCCUGGAAAAAUCAACAUUUCUAGCCAUACGAAGGAAAUUCUUUGUGCCGAUAGAUACAUUACAGAAAGCCGAGGUGUCGUGCAAGUCAAGGGAAAAGGUGAAAUGGAAACAUAUUGGCUGCUAGGAAAAAACAAGAAUGAUGAUCUUCAUGAGGACAUCUAAAGGAAAAUAGAAACUCGUACCGUUAGAAAAAAUGUAAUAAAAAUUUAAAUUUAAUAAAAAAUAAGGGUGAA